UUUCUAAGUGUGGAGGGCUGAUGGCUGCAGUAGAUUCGUGAUGCGAACUCCAUUCAACUCCAAUCCAACCCUUCCUCACCCAUCACUCUUUCCUCUCUCUGUCAGCGAGGCAAAUCAAGCCGCCCAUUGGCGUCGAUUUCGUCGGAAGCUGCCCAUCUCUCCGGCGAUCGCCUCCCUCUGCUCUUCGCCUUUUCCCUCCACGUUUCUUCCUUGCCUCACUCCGUCGAUGCUGCAGCGGGCAGCUUCUCGGCGAUCUCGCCCCCUGCGGUUAAAUGAUGGAAAAUAUUUCUUCUUUGUGUUUGUUCUCACCUUCCUUUCUGCUUCAGAUGCGAGACGGGGAACUAAGGGUCCAUUCUUAGAGGACUCUCCGGAGCUUCCCUCAUGGCCGUUGUAAGCCUUGUUCUUUGACUUCUCUCUCUCUCUCUCUCUCUUCUGAUCUUGGGUUUAGUUCUUGGUUCUACGUCUUCUUAAUCUUUUCAAUUGCUAUAUCAUCUGUUAAUCUACUCUUGGAUCGUAUGAUCUUUCUUGUCUUCAAAUCCUCCUGAAGAAUACGCAGCCACCACUGUCAUGGCAAGUUCUAUGAACAUCUUCUUCAGUGGCCUUACAAGGGGGUAAAUUCACAAAAGAUGCAGCUCCUCUUCUUGGUAUUCACACUAGCGGAUGACAUUUUCUUGGCACUUGUUCUCUAAUGCUUCCUAUUCACUUAAUGCUGCUAGUAUCGUUUCUUAAUGUUGCAGUGGAAUUAGUCAUUGUGAUAGAGUUUCAUGCUUGGGUGGAUCAACCUUGCGUUCUAAAUGCCCUUUGUAUCUCAAAUUUGGUUGUCAUAAUAUAUUUAAGAAAAGAUGAAAGUAAAUGUGAUCAUAGUUCCCCAGUGGCCACUAUUUUCUGGUGGCCAUCAUCUUCCUUUUUGAUGCAGGGCUGUUCUGUGCAAUACCAUGCUGGAACUUUGCUUUUAUUACUUCUUAUCCUAGUUUUAAGCAAGCAAGAUAUGUUGUAUUGUACCCAUCACCAUCUAUGUUUCUCUUUGUAGGCAUGUUAUCUGAUGCAAUCAACUGAAACAGAGGAAAUAGUUUAGCCAUUGGCUUUGCAGCAGCUUUCCUCUUCUCCUCUGUAUUCGGUAUGCUACUUGUUGAUUGUUCAUCUCUUGUUUAGCAGGCAUCCAAACUUAUGGGCUAAACUAUUUCAUAUAUGGGUCUUAUGGGCUACACUGUCCUAUAACUUAAUCUUGUUUGUUGGAAGAUUUGUGCCCUUGUAUUAAAAGGUAGAUAGUCUGAUAAGUUUGCUUUCCUUAACAUAAGAAGUGAUGUCUAUGGUUGACAUGCUUAAUAUGGUCAUCAAUAAUUAUUAAUGUAGGUAUUUUUUAAAUUUAUUGCACUGCCUUAUUGAUGCACAUCAACAUGAACUCUAAGAUUCAAGACUUCUUAUGUCCAUUUUGUUGUGGAUCAAGAAUUUUGUUAGCUCAUGUUUGCCGAAAUGUCGAUGGUUCCUUGCCCAAAAAAGUGUUUGAAAUAUGCAAGAUUUGAAGAAAUUUUACCUGCUUAUUAGCUAAAACAUACUAAGAUCAGAUUUCUUCAGGAAAAAGACACAUGAAGUAAAUGACUAUGCGUUCUCAGCUACUGACUCUUUCUUCACCAAGCUGCAGUUUCUUUGAUUGUCGCACAGACAAUAAAGCCACCAGCAGCAGCAAUCAGCAUGACAGGAAGAAUCCAAAGCAACUCAGAUCACCUCAGUUGGAGUCUCUCUCUCUCUCUCUCUCUCUCUCUAACUCUUAUUAAAGGCACAGGAGGAAGCCUGUCCACCUCCCACCGCUGGUUUCCUUCGCUAGCUGGUGAUCUUUUCCUGUGCUGUUUUGUUGAAGAGAUGAAGAAAAUUGUGGUGAAGGUGGACGUACAGGGCGACAAGGAGAAGCAGAAGGCCAUGAAUGCCGUCUCGGCGCUGCAAGGGAUCGACUCCAUCGCGAUGGACAUGAAGGAGAGGAAGAUGACGGUGAUCGGCGCCGUCGAUCCCAUCAACGUCGUAGAGAAACUGAGGAAAUGCUGGCCCACCGCGAUCGUCUCGGUCGGGCCCAAGGAAGAGCCGAAGAAGGAGGAGCCGAAGAAGGUAGAGGCCAAGAAGGACGAGGGGGACAAGAAGAAAGAGUGUGACAAGAUGAUCAAGGAGCUCGUCGACGCCUACAAGGCGUACAACCCUUGCAUGACCACCCGAUACUGCGUGCAGAGCGUCGAGGAGAACCCCAACGCCUGCGUCAUCCUGUGAAGUCAUGUUAUUGUUGGAUGAAAUGAUGAUGGAGUCGUCGAAGCCUUUCUUGAUUGUAUGGUUCGAGGAAUUCACAGUCCAAAGAUAAAAUCUUCAUGGUUUCGCUUUCAGCUUC